AGGUGCCAAACCUGCCGGCCUGUGCGCGCAUAGUUCUUCCCGUGGACGCUAGGUGAUCCGACAUGCGUCCGAUGCGCCCGCGCCACCGGCGUGCAGAGGCCAACGGAAAAGCCGAUCAGUAGGACACGGCCGCGCGUAACUUGCUGUGCACACGUUUGCGCCAUCUCGGACAGUUUCGGCCUUCAUUGAAGAUAACGCUGCAGCCAAGAAAAAAAACCUACGGUUCUUGCAUCUCAGGAACACAGUCCAACUGCGCUAAAAGUGAAAGGCCUUGCCGAUUCGCUCAGAUACGCGCGAGCUCCCGUGCAGUGUGCACAUCGCUUCGGCCUCCGGCUUUGGAAUAGACGCUUCAGCCAUGGAUGCUAUGGAUGCCGACUGGUUCGAACGCGACCUUCUGCAGAGGCCAGUAGGCACACCAGGCAACGAUAACAGGCUCUUCCGCUGUGGACACAAGCGCGCACUACCAGUGGCACCUCCAUCGCCCGGUGAAGCCAAACGCUUCCGGCCAGACGAACAGCAGCAGCUGUGGCCGCAGCAAUGGCCGCAACUGCUGCCACAGCAGCCAGAGCCACAACAGCAACUACAGCAGCAGCAACAGAUGAUCCAAACUCCCAUUCAGCAUGCAAACUUCGACAGCUGGCUUGCCGAGGUUCACGGCUGCUAGAUCUACUCUUCAAGCGCAGGCUGGCCGCCCAACGAAGUGCACUGUCAUCGGUUGUGCAGCCUGCCUACGCGGGCGAUGAACUGUCGUUACAGUGCCGCUUCCAAAGGCAGCGGACAUUUACAAAGUGCUUUUUAGGCCUCACGCACAUCCGAGCGAAGUUCGUCACGUGCCAAAGACGAAGGUGUCGUGCUGCGCACUCUGCCCUUGCACUACUACCACUCUCACUCUGGAGAUGUUGGCAACGGCUGGCAGGGCGCCAAAUUGCACGGAAGAACACGUUGGCUGUGAUUCGAAGAUUGUAGCAACUUGUUUUCCUCAAUAAAGAUGUUCUAUCGUGUUAA